AAAAAUUCCUCAUUUUUUAAAAAUUGUUUUCACAGUCUACCUCAAUAUUAUAUAAGCCCUAUUUUACCCUUCAGUUAAGCGUUAAGACUAAGAGUAUAGAAAUUAGAGUUUAGGUUGUUAGUGGUGGCUGGAGGUCCUGCCGAUGAUAGUCCGGUUGCGUUGGCCGUUCGAUAGCACCGUUUUCUUUUGAAUUGAGGGGGUUUCAGCUGCAUAUGUCAAAAAUUCAAUUGAAAUAACAAAUAACAACUUAAAGAACUCACUAUCCUCUUAUGAAUAUGCCUUCUAUUUAAUCAUUCAUCUGACUCUGCCUAAGUUACAAAAAAAUAUUUCAAUCGAGGUGCCGGAGGAGAACUUAAAUGACGAUGAUGUAACAUUUGACGUUCAUGAUGAUUUCGAGGAGGGGGCGAGACAACUGUCGGCACUUAUUAUGCCAUUUCUUUUAUAAUUCGCUAUUCUUUAUAUGUAUAAUAAGUUUGCACACUAGUUGUUCGACAAAAUGUCUCAAUGGUUUCAGUGCGAGAGGAAAGCAUAAAACCAAGGGCCAACCGUCCUCCUUUGUUAGUGCAUCUUCGAGAACGGCGAUUAGAAGCUCCACUGGUGUUUCAUUUGGGCUCACUUUGGACCUUUUUCGCUUUUGGGCAAGGUGUAAAUUUGUCACCUUUUUGUAUGUUAUGUAUAUUGAUUCAUGAUUGUGGUGACAACACUAUCAUUUCUAUAAUCUAAUUAAUUAACAUUGUAAACUCCUGUGAACUUAAUGUGAACCUGAUGUGAACUUAUAUCAA